GUCAUAGAGUCGGCUCUCGGAUAGAAUGAAGCCCAUGAAAAAGUCAAUAACUCCUCUCUUUAGUCAUAUACUGACUGGAGGCGUAUUGAUCAUUGCAACCCAUACAUACAGGUGUGACUGCACAUGAACCAACUCAGGGUAGGCGUAGUGACCAUUGUAGCGACGGGCUUCCUCCACCAACACUUCACCUCCUUCCCUUUCGCUGCCUCAUCCACCGUCUCAUCACCUCGUCAUCUCAUCAUCCAUCUGUUCUUUCAAGCCAUCCAAACAAGCAAUAACAACACAGGUUUCAAGCCAUCACAAUGAACGCACCUCCCUCAAGCCCCGAAUCCGAUUACCAGAGCAGCUGGGAGGAAGAGGAGCUGCGCCGCGCCCUCCAUAACUCGCUUCCAAAGCUCGCAGAGCGCUUGCACGAGGAGAUCGCCAACAACCCCGAGUUGAGUGCGCGCUGCAUCGACACAGUUGGUCAGGAAUCGAAAACCGAUACUACCCAGUCGUCGCAUGUCAAUGGCUUGGAGGUGAUUCCCGAGGAACGCAACGAGCAGGAGAUGGCCUGUCCCAAAGCGGAAGGGGGCGCCGAGCCUCAGCCCAUAAUCGAGAUGCCAACCGAAGCAUCUUCUCAGACUGCCCCUGCUCAGCAUCACAACCAGGAAAACAUUCCACCUAUGCGCAGACGGGUUUAUUCAACCAGCGACACCGAAUCGCCGGAGCCCCUGCUGGCUCCACCAUCUUCUCCUGUCGCAAACUACCCUCACCACUCGCAGGCCAACGGAACCAAGUAGCUCCCGAGGCUACUAGUGCUUGAAGACAGUAGCAGAAACAAAAGUUCAGAAACUCCCAGGCAGUGCUGAGUCUUAGUACCCCGGAUCUCGAGUCGUUUUACAUUGUUUUAUUGCAGUCUUGAUGGAAAGAAGUGACGAGGAGGAGAUAUCUCUAGCAGAAGGAGAGAGUCAUGCUGGUGAGGGCUGGUGAGGGCUAGUGAGC